CGUGCCAGCUUUUUUUUUUUUUUUUAAAGAUUUUUGAAAAAGGAGCGGUUACAACGGUGUAACGGAUGGUGAAGGAAGAAGAGAACUCAAAAUAGAGAAAGAACAUUUUACAGAGAUGAGAUUUUGUUCUCGAGGAAGAAGAAGAGAGAGUUAGAGAGAGAGAGAGAGAGAGAGGUAGAGAGAGAGAGGAGGGAGGGAGGUUGAAGAUGAAGCUGUGGAAACGAGCUGCCGCCGCAAUAAAAGACCGGAAAAGCUUAUUAGCCGUCGGAUUCUCACGGCGAACUUCAUACCGGAACGCGGAUCUCGAAGCAGCUGUCAUCAAAGCAACCUCCCACGACGACUCCUCCGUCGACUACUCAAACGCCCACCGCGUCUACAAAUGGAUCCGAUCUUCUCCUCUCAACCUCAAAACCCUAAUCCACGCGCUCUCCUCGCGCGUCAACCACACGCGCAGCUGGAUCGUCGCUCUCAAAUCCCUAAUGCUCCUCCACGGCGUUCUCUGCUGCAAAGUCCCUUCCGUCGUCGGCGAAAUCCGCCGUCUUCCUUUCGAUCUCUCCGAUUUCUCCGACGGACAUUCCUGUCUCAGCAAAACCUGGGGAUUCAACAUCUUCGUUCGCGCUUACUUCUCCUUCCUCCACAGCUACUCUUCCUUCUUAUCCGAUCAGAUCUACCGUCACCGCACGAAUCGGAGAUUGGAGAAAUCCGAUUCCGUGAUCCAAGAGCUCGAUCGGAUCCAGAAACUCCAGUCUCUCCUUGAUUUGAUCUUUCAGAUCCGGCCAAUUGCUGAUAACAUGAAGAGGACGUUGAUACUAGAAGCCAUGGAUUGUAUAGUGAUCGAGAGUAUCAACAUCUACGGUAGAAUAUGCAGCGGCGUUAUCAAAAUCCUUCCAAACGCCGGCAAAACAGACGCCGCCACAACUCUCAAGAUCAUCAACAAGGCAACGGCUCAGGGAGAAGAUCUCGCUCUCUAUUUCGACUUCUGCAAAGGAUUCGGUGUCUCAAACGCGAGAGAUACUCCUCAAUUCGUCAGUAUACCAAAGGCGGAAGUAGAAGCAAUCGAGAAAAUGAUCAAGAACGUUGACGAAGAUGAGUCAAAGAAAGAAGAAGAAGAAGUAAUGGAGGAAGAGAAAGCAAUGAUAGUGUUGGAGAGACCGAGAUUGCAGACAAUCAUCACAGACAAAUGGGAGAUUUUCGAAGACGACUUUUGUUUCCAUGACGAAAAAGCGAUUAAAGAACAUCAAAAUCCUCUUCCUAUUGUGGUAUCGAACCAACCAGUUUAUAUUGAAUACUCGAUGCCAGAUUUGAUAACGUUCUAGUGAGAACAAACAAAAUCUGGACGAGAUUGAAAUUUUUGUUUUCUUUUCACCUGGUUCUGGUUCUGUACAUAAACACAAUUUUUGCCAGUAUCUUGAGUAAAUUCAAAGAAAAGAGGAACAUUUUGAGUUU